AUGACAGACUCCAAAGGUCCCCGCUGGAUAGGCGACAACCUCCCCUCCCUGCCCCCCGAACUGCAAUACGCCCAAGACCUGCCCCCCAAAGUCACAGAAAAGUACGUCCUGUUCUUCGGGUUCGACGGCCCGGAGCCAGAAUGCUGCUUGCAGCAAUGGUAUCCCUCGCCUUUUGUCGAGAAGGUGGAUGAGAGCGAGGCGAAGCGCAGCGGCACGAGCGCGGAGAGGAAGUUCAAGACGAGCGAGCAGUACAUGAUGUUUCACAAAGCGCUGUUGAUGGGUGAUGCCGAGGUUGCGGGGGAGGUGUUGGAGUGUCAGACGCCUGGGGAGGCGAAGGGUUUGGGGAGGAAGGUGAAGAACUUCCAACAAACCCUCUGGGACAAACACUGCGACGACAUCGUGGAGCAAGGGCAGUACUUGAAGUUCUCGCAGAAUGCGGAGUUGUAG